AUGCCAGGCGGAUCGGUGGAGUGUCGUUUGGACAACGCAAGUGACCUGGUCUCUGUUCUUGCGGCCUUGACGUUGCGCGAGAAGGACCAGAAGAACCAAAGCGUCGUGUGUGUGGCAAGUGGAAAUGGUUUGAAAUUCACUGCUCAGAGCAGUGGCAAGGACGUGGCCGUGCUCGGAUGGAUCUUCAAAGAUGCUUUUGCGGAGUACAGUUUCCAUUCAUCCAACGACGAGGAUUUGGUUUUGAAGCUUCCCGUUGCACCUUUAUUGAGUUGCCUGACAAUAUUCACAGAAAGAGCAGCGUUGAUGCUCAGGUAUCCGGAGGGUGCUCAUGAGCUUCAAUUUUCACUGGAGGAAGAUGGGGCAUUCACCGAGUGUCGCUUGAAGACCCUAGUCAUUGACGAGGUACCAGAGGCUGCACCGGCUUUCCUGGCUCCCGGCGAGAGGCCGAGCAGCUUCCGAGCCAAGCAGGCCGAGGUGUGGUGUGCAGCUCUCAGCGAGUUUCAGGAGCUGGAUGCGCCGGAUGUCGUAAUGAAGGUGACGUUUCGUGCGCCCGCAGAAUCGCCCGAAGCUCCUGCGGUCAUACUAAAGGCCAACACCAUUGGCAGCGAUGCCGAGGUGGAGUUGGCGCACAGCAGUUUGGAAGAGAUCGAAUUGGCAGAACAAGCUGCGACAGCCGGAGAAAUCACCCACAGUUAUCUACUGAGCAGCGUCCUCGCUGGCUGCCUGAAAGCUGCGAAGGAAUCCAGAGCAGUGAAGGUCCGCUUCAACCAGCACGGUGUCAUGAGCAACCAGUUCAUUCUCCGCAGCCGUGGCAGACAGCUCCUAUGCGAGGCUUUGGUGUGUCCUACUGCCGAGCAGGUGCUGAACGGACCGGGCCUUCCUGCGCACCACCAGUCUCAAAGUAUUCCUGCGAGCGAGUCUAUGGGGUACUGA